AUGGGUAAAACACAGAAGAAAAACAGUAAAGGUCGUCUAGAUAGGUACUACUACCUGGCAAAAGAAAAGGGGUACCGUGCUCGUUCUUCCUUUAAAAUCAUCCAAAUCAAUGAAAAAUUUGGUCAUUUCUUGGAGAAAUCCAAGGUCGUCAUUGACUUGUGUGCGGCUCCUGGUUCUUGGUGUCAGGUUGCAUCAAAGUUAUGUCCAAUCAAUUCGUUAAUUAUUGGUGUUGAUAUUGUUCCCAUGAAAUCAAUGCCCAAUGUUAUCACAUUCCAGAGUGAUAUUACCACCGACGACUGUCGUUCGAAGUUGAGAGGUUAUAUGAAGACCUGGAAGGCUGACACAGUGCUGCAUGACGGUGCCCCUAACGUUGGUUUGGGUUGGGCCCAGGAUGCCUUCACGCAAUCUCAUUUGACUUUACAGGCACUGAAACUAGCUGUCGACAAUCUAGUAGUUAACGGUACAUUCGUUACUAAAAUUUUCAGAUCGAAGGACUACAACAAACUAAUGUGGGUCUUCCAGCAACUGUUUGAAAAGGUCGAAGCUACUAAACCCCCUGCGUCGAGAAAUGUGUCUGCUGAAAUUUUCGUUGUUUGUAAGGGUUUCAAGGCACCCAAGAAACUGGAUCCCAGACUGCUGGAUCCAAAGGAAGUUUUUGAAGAAUUGCCAGAUGGACCACAAAACAUGGAAUCCAAAAUCUACAACCCGGAGAAAAAGGUGAGGAAAAGACAAGGUUACGAGGAAGGUGAUAACCUAUUAUACCAUACAGCGCCAAUCCUGGAUUUCAUCAAAGACGAAGACCCCAUUACAAUGCUUGGAAAGCUGAAUAAGUUCACGAUAGAUGAGGAUGACCACGAGUGGCAGAUUGUCAAGAAAAUGAAGCAAACAAACAAAGAACUACUUGCCUGUAUAGAAGAUUUGAAGGUUCUUGGUAAAAAGGACUUUAAGAUGAUCUUGAGAUGGCGUAAGAAUGCUAGGGACCUUCUUGGUGUGGGUCAAGAUGAAGAAAAGCCGGAAAUUGAGGUUACGAAAUUGACAGAGGAAGAACAGAUUGAAAAGGAACUGGAGCAAUUGCAAGAGAAGCAUCGUCUUGAUAAGAAGCGUGAAAAGAGAAAGAAGAAUGAGAUAAAACAGAAGGAAAUAAUCAGGAUGCAACUGAAUAUGAUUAACCCCAAGGAUCUUGGUAUUGAUGCAGCUAAUAUUGGUAAGGAGUCGCUGUUCAACUUGAAGACCGCUGAAAAGACUGGUAUUUUGGAUAAGCUAGCUAAGGGUAAGAAACGGAUGAUUUUUACCGACGACGAACUUGCAAAGGACAAUGACAUCCAUAUCGACGAAUCUCUGAUUUUGGAUAAAGAUAAAUACGCUGAGGCUGAUGAUCUAGAAUCUCAAUUAGAAUCGAUGUACGAAAAUUACAAGACCCGGAAGUCUGAAAGAGAUGCUAAUUUUAGGGCUAAGUUAGCUCGGGGUGGUGAUCAUGACGACGAAUGGACUGGGUUUUUAGAAAAGGCAAAACAAUCUGAUGAUGAAGAGGAGAAGAAGGAUUACAUUGAAGAGGAGACCGAUGAGAACUUAUCUGAUGAAGAUGAUGAUGAAGCUAUCAAUAGUUUGAUCAGUAAGUUAAAAGGGAAGUCAGGCGAGGGCAAAUUGAGCUCGAAAGCCGCGUCCUUGUUUAAUGAUCCCAUUUUUGAAAACAUCACGCCUGAUUUUGCCCAGCCCAAGCCUGACAAUACUUCUUCUUCUGAAUCAGUCGGCGACAUCUCUAAAUUGAUGAAAAGUAAGAAGAGAACUCAUAGAGAGGCUACAGGAAGCGAAAGCGAAGACAGCAGCGAUGAGAGUUCUUCUGAUGGUGAAUCAUCUGACUUUGAGGUUGUUGCGAAUGAAGAUUCGGAUAUUGAGGAGAUAGACUCUGAUUAUGAUUCUGAGGAAGAAAGGAAUCAAACUCAGAAGGAAAAGCACAACAAAGAACUGGACAUUGCUACCGCAGAAGCUAUGACUCUGGCUCAUCAACUAGCCACGGGACAAAGGACCAAGCAUGAUCUAGUCGAUGAAGGAUUUAAUAGAUAUGCCUUUCGUGAUAGCGAAACAUUGCCUUCAUGGUUUACUGAGGAUGAAAAGCAGCAUUCCAAAAUUAACAGACCCAUCACGAAAGAAGCUGUUAUGGCAUUGAAGGAGAAGAUGAAGGUUUUGAAUGCCCGUCCUAUCAAGAAGAUAGCAGAAGCAAAGGCCAGAAAGAAAAUGCGUGCUGUUUCCCGUUUGGAAAAGAUCAAGAAGAAGGCUGGUUUAAUCAACGAUGAUAGUGACAAGUCUGAAAAAGAUAAGGCAGAAGAAAUUUCUAAACUGAUGCGCAAGGUCAGUAAGAAACAGAGAAGCAAACCGCAAGUCACGUUGGUCUAUGCCUCUGGUAGAAAUAGAGGUCUGGCGGGUAGACCAAAGGGUGUCAAGGGUAAGUACAAGAUGGUUGAUGGUGUUAUGAAGAACGAACAAAGAGCAUUGAGACGUAUUGCGAAGAAAAAUAAGAAGAAAUAG